GGAUGAUUGGUGACUUGUUAUCCAGCCUGACUGGAACGUCUUUCCUCGACGGCUCUCACUCUGCUCCCCGGACUCGUACUGCUCCGAAUACGGCUCCGCAGCCCUACCGCCGUGUUCGAUCACUUCAGCUGAUCCCAACUGAUCCACAAAAACCAGCGGCGGGCAGGCUCUGGCAGGCUGCCGACGCCUGCCGUGCCUGAAUCAGGGCCUCCCCAGAUUUGUGGAGCCCAAUCGAACUAGAUCCGGCGGGGAAAUGUGGGGAAGGAACACGGGGAAACGCUGGAGAAUUGCUUCGAUUUGUGGCAUCACAUGUUGCCAUCAUGUCCCGUAUGUCGCCCGCCCAUUGCUGGCGCGUUGCGCCCCUGGCGUUGAUGCAGGCUAUAUAAUCUUCUCGGGACAGUCGUAGGACGCCCGUCGUCCGGCUCUACCACGGUCGCAGCGCCCUCGUCUUCUCUAGCCUCGCGGCGGACACGUCUAUUAUUGCAACGUCCUCACGAUGGGUGUCACAACAGUUGUUCAGGGCGGGCACACCUCCAACUAUGCACACUUGUUGGACCCGAAGCGGAAGUGGUACAACAACAGGCGGUUGAUCACCCUCCAUGCCUGGCUGGUUCUCCUGCUCAUUACGUCGUCCGGAAAUGGAUUCGACGGUAGUUUGAUGAACAGCUUCCAGUCCCUGGACCAAUGGAAGGACUAUUUCCAUAACCCGCAGGGUGGGAAGCUUGGUCUGCUCAACGCGAUUCAGAACAUUGGCUCGCUCGCGGCAUAUCCUUUUGCACCCUACCUAUCCGACGGCCUUGGACGGCGGCGCACUGUCUGGAUUGGCGCAUCUAUCAUGUUACUGGGUGUCGCAUUGCAGACGGCCGCGCAGAACCUGGGCUUCUUCAUCGGAGCUCGCUUCUGCAUCGGUUUUGGUCUUACCUUUGCCACCAACUCCGCACCUAUGUUGGUUACGGAGCUCUCGUACCCCCAAUACCGACCGCAGCUCACUUCUCUCUACAACUCCCUCUGGUACUCUGGCAACAUUAUCGCGUCCUGGACGACUUACGGCACGGAGUAUAUCGACAGCACCUGGUCAUGGCGUCUCCCGUCUAUCAUGCAGGGUGUCCCUGCGGCAAUCCAGUUCUUCCUCGUCCUUCUCGCGCCUGAGAGUCCGCGUUGGUUGAUCUCCAAGGGCCGUGAUACUGAAGCGCUACGGACGCUCGCGUACUACCAUGCGGAUGGUGACGAGAGUGACGCCUUGGUGCAAUAUGAGUACGACGAGAUCAAGACCUCCCUGGCCCUCGAGCGCACGACGUCCGUUGGCUGGAAGUCGCUCGUGAGCACAUCUGGUAACAGGCGUCGUAUGCUCAUUAUUGUCGCCAUUGCGUGGUUCUCGCAAUGGUCUGGCAACGGUCUCGUCUCCUACUAUCUCAGCAAGGUCAUGAACUCGAUUGGUAUCACCAACACGACCACCCAGCUCCUUAUCACAGGUAUCCUUGCCAUCUGGAACUUGAUCUGGGCCGUCUUCGCGUCGUUCAUGGUCGAGCGUAUCGGACGUCGGAAAUUGUUCCUGAUCUCCGCUGCGGGGAUGCUCCUAUUCUUCAUGCUCCAGACGGUGUGCACGGCUCGCUACCUCAUCGCCGGGAGUGCUGCUGCCGCACACUCUGUCAUCGCCUUCAUCUUCCUCUUCUACGCGUUCUACGACCUUGCAUUCACGCCACUCAUCGUGUCGUAUACCGUCGAGAUCCUGCCGUUCUCCGUACGCGCGAAGGGCUUCAACGUCUUCAACUUCACCAUCUCCGUCGCGCUCAUCUUCAACCAGUACGUCAACCCGAUUGCCAUGGACGCGAUCAGCUGGAAGUACUACAUCGUGUACGUCUGCUGGCUGGCAUUCGAGCUGGUGUUCCUCUGGUUCUUCAUCGUCGAGACGAAGGGUCUGUCCCUCGAGGAGACCGCCGCGCUCUUCGACGGAAAGGAGGCCACAGAGCAGAUCCACGCCGCGGGUGUGGCGGAGGUGCGCACGGACGAUGUGUCUGACGAAAAGGUCAGCGCAUGAUCGUGCGGCGCGGAGUGAUUGUGUUUCGGUUUCGCUGGGUUUGCGUAGGUCAUUUGUACUGCGCGUACCCCGUAUGUGGUUUGAGGACCGUCAUAACGAAUGUCUGACGCCUGCGCUGGGGUUGUACUAUUAAGCUCAUGAUCAUAACAUACGUCACGAUCUACUGUUUACUUACGAGAACAUUAUACGACGCAUCCAUUUCUGAACUACUUGCAGUCAAACUUGCGCUCCAUUCCCAAUAGUGCC